UAUCGCCUCGUCGCCGUGUCCUGUCGCCGUCUCGCCGACCGCUCUCUUUCGUUUGGAAAUAUUGUUUAGCUCGUCCGCGUUCCGACGUUCCGGAUUCGGAAAAUUUUCAAUUUGAUCAGCAAGGAAAACACAGAAUCAUCAUGGCUGACGAAGACUGGGGAGAUGUCGGAGCUACUAAUGUAGAUAUUGCUCCAACACAAAUUGCAGCUGAAUUACCAGAAGUGAAAUUAUUUGGCAGAUGGAGUUGUGAUGAUGUAGAAGUUUCUGAUAUGUCUUUGCAAGAUUACAUUGCUGUCAAAGAAAAGUACGCCAAAUAUGUUCCUCACUCUGCUGGUCGUUAUGCUGCUAAACGUUUCCGUAAGGCUCAAUGCCCCAUUGUUGAACGUUUGACCAACUCUUUGAUGAUGCACGGACGUAAUAACGGAAAGAAACUGAUGGCCGUUCGCAUUGUUAAACACGCUUUUGAAAUUAUCUACCUUUUAUCUGGUGAAAAUCCAUUGCAAGUGCUUGUAAAAGCCAUCAUUAACAGUGGACCCAGAGAAGACUCCACACGUAUUGGUAGAGCUGGUACAGUCAGGCGUCAAGCUGUUGAUGUUUCCCCAUUGAGACGUGUUAACCAAGCUAUUUGGUUGUUGUGUACGGGAUCCCGAGAAGCUGCGUUUAGAAAUAUCAAAACAAUUGCUGAAUGUUUAGCUGAUGAAUUGAUCAAUGCUGCUAAGGGAUCAUCGAAUUCUUACGCUAUCAAGAAGAAGGACGAACUCGAACGUGUGGCCAAGUCUAACCGUUAAUUUCCAUCUAUUAUUUCAUUUACUUUAAAUAUACAUUGUAUAUUUGAACUAAAACAAUAA